UUACUUUUGUGCAUUCCUUAACCUAAAAAAAUGGAAAUAAAUAAUAAAUCCACGGAAAAUCUUUUGAUUCGCAAAAAAUUCAAAUCUACUUUGACCAAUUUUCUAACUUCGCAAUUGCAUUGUGACGUUACCUUCGUUUUUAAAGACGAAAAUGGUAAAUUUUCAAAAAUCGGUGCACACAAAGUGAUUUUGGCAGCUGCCAGCGAGGUUUUCGAAACAAUGUUUUUUGGCGAAACCGUGAAGAGCAACGCAGUUAAGCAAGAAAAUGAAUUGGAAAUUAAGGAGAUUUCUUUUGACGCAUUUAAAGCAUUAUUGGAAUUCAUCUACGACAAAGAAGUGGAAUUUCACGAUUCUAACGCUCUUGUUGAGUUUUACGCUGCUGCCCAUAAAUAUAUUUGCUCCGAUGCCAUGAUUUUCGCUGAAUCAAAAAUGAUGAAAGAAGUAGAUUCCCAUAACGUCAUUUCUUUCUACCAGACUGCAAUUUUGUACGAGCUUCCGGAUUUAAAGAAGAAGUGCCUUGAUGUUUUUACAAAAGAAAUGGGCAAUAUACUGAAAUCUGCUGACUUUUUGUUUGUGACUCCUGAUUUUGUCAACACGAUUUUUCGUCUGGAAAGAAAUAAAUCGAUUUCAGAAGUAGAUCUUGUCUAUGCACUUGAACGUUACAUUCGGGUCAAUGAGAAAACUGACAUCAAUAUUAUGGAAAAGCUGCAAGCUUCAAUUAAUGCCAUUAAUUUUCGGGAUCUCAGUUCGCAAGAAAUCAAAAGAACUUUUUUGUUGACGCCAGAAGCGAAGAAAACGUUCAUGGAUGGUAUGGAAACCGAAAUAAGCUUUGAGGUUAUGAUUAGGGCGCUAGAUGAUUUUGACCUGAAACAUAUUUGUGCAAAAUGCGCUCUUAAUGAUCCGUUCGGACAUUCCUUCCCACAAAGAUGUCGCCAUAGUUCGGCGGAAUGGCGUCAUGUACAUCAACGAAUGUUUAUAAAAUAUAAAAACCGUGACCUGCCUGAAUUUAGUUUCGAGGAUGUAAAAUGUCUUUAUGAUUUAUACAAAAAAGAAGGUUUGAUAUCGUAGACAAAUUUUUAUAAGAAAAAACAACAAAACCGUCAAAAACAUUCAAACUGCGCACAUCUAAAAAGCGCAAACUCAUUUUUUUCGUUCGUCAAAUGUUUCAAGGACAUCUAAAAUCAUCUGUUUCUGUACCGUACACAGUUCCAACACCGGUUUCUAAAGUUUUUCUAAUGUAAAAAAAUGUUUUGUUUAAUAAAUAAUUCAUUAAAAGUGGAUUGACACCAUUUGUCAUCCAAAUAUUUUUCAUUAAAAAUCAAUUUUUCAACCUUUUUUAACCUAAAAUGAGUCCCUCGAUCCAACAAUUGACCGAAAAAUCCCCGAAAAAAGUCUACAACGUUCAGGAAAGCCUCAAAUUAUUGUGUCCCGAAGUGAUUUGUGGCAACGACGACGACUCUUUGUGGAUUUUUGGCUACGGAAGUCUCGUUUGGAAAGCAGAUUUUCCGUUCAGUUGCAAGCACAAAGGAUUCAUAACCGGAUUCGAACGAAAAUUCUACCAAAAUAGCAUUGAUCAUCGAGGAACGGCAGAAAAACCUGGAAGAGUAGUUACCUUGAUUCACACUGAAAAUUCCGAGAAUCGCGUUUAUGGCAUCGGAUAUCGGAUCAGUGCGGAUGACAAAAAGGCAGUUCUCGAGCAUUUGGAUGUCCGUGAAAUCAAUGGGUACGAAAGAGUUGUCACGGAUUUUCAUUUGUUGAGUGACGCUGGGGAGAUUCUUGCGCGGAAAAGUGUGUUGUUGUACUUGGCGAAGCACGAUAAUCCGUCGUUUGCAGGUUUGAAAGACGAUUUGGAGACAAUUGCACAGCAGAUUUGUGAGUGUGAGGGGAAAUCGGGAAGGAAUUCGGAUUAUUUGAUGGAUUUGGCGGAGUCUAUGAGGAUUUUGUAUCCGGAAAUUGAUGAUCGGCACUUGUUUGAGUUGGAAAAAGUGGUUAAAAGGAAGUUGUGUCACGAGGUUUGAGGGAUUUUGGAAUAAAAAUUUUAACGAAAUUUAAAAAAAAUUCUUUUUGAGACAAAU